GCCCCGCUCCCUGCCCGGGGCGGUGCCGCGGCCGCUGGGUGCUGGGGAGCUGAGGCGCGGCACGGGACGGGGCCAGGAUGGGCCGGACGCUCGUGGAGCUGUUUUACGAUGUGAUCUCCCCGUACUCCUGGCUGGGGUUUGAGGUUCUCUGCCGGUACCAGCACAUCUGGAAUAUUGACUUGCGCUUCCGUCCAGCUUUCCUUGGUGGCAUAAUGCAACAAACCGGUAACAAGCCACCAGCAAUGUUACCAAAGCGUGCUGAAUACAUGCUGAAGGAUCUAAAAAGGAUGGGAAAAUACUACCAGGUGCCUGUACACAUGUCCAGAGAUGACUUCCAGCGUAUCCUUGCUACAAGCAGUCUGGCGGCCAUGCGCUUUGUCACAGCCAUUGACAUGACAAACCCACAGUACCUAGAACCCUUAUCUAGGGAGUUCUGGAUGCGGUUUUGGUCACAGCAUGAAGAUAUCAGUCAGCCAGAGAACAUCUUGGCUGUUGCCCGACAGGCUGGGCUCUCAGCAGAGCUCUCCCAGAAGGCACUUGAAAUGAUUUCAUCCCCUGCAGUGAAGGACCGACUGAAAGAGACAACAGCUGAAGCGAUUAAAUAUGGGGCAUUUGGGAUGCCUGCUGUUGUGGCACAUUAUGAUGGGGAACCUCAUCUCUUUUUUGGCUCCGAUCGUUUAGAGCUGCUAGGCAGUGUUAUAGGUGAAAAAUGGCUGGGACCAGUUCCAAGCUCCAAGCUGUGAAAAGUCCUGGAGAAAUAUAUAGGAAGGAAAAUAUAUAUGACAAUCCUCAGCGAUUAUCUGAAUGUAUUCAAUUUUAUGGAGAGAUGGCUUUCUCAUCCUUAAGAGUUAACUUUACAGCUUGGUCGCAUCUCUAAUUUCGAAGAGUUUCAAGGCUCGCCAGUAUUACCAGCCAGGUGACGUGUUUGCCAAUACAAAUAUGCUUCCUUUCCUUCAACAGAUCAAAGAUUAACAUUAGAGAUUAAAGAUUUAACUUCUUGCAGAGUGAA